ACGCCUACGAUAUUCGUUGUUGAACCAGGGAGCUAAUUUUAUAAACUUGCCUGGGGUGCUAGUAGACUCUAAGAACAAGGUCUACUUGGAUCCUUCUAUGGAAAGAGUGUUCCUUCCCUCAAAGAAGCCUUUGGUGCCUGAUUAUGCUUUAAAUUUUGUUCGAGGAACUUCUUCCAAGCCAUUUGGUAGGUUGUGGUGGGAUGAGACCGUUUCGACAGUCAUCAACAGGGCAGAACCUCACAACCAGUUUUGUAUCCUAUUAAUACAUGCAGUCAAUUUUGCUCGGAUAGUGCCUGAUGGGCUGCUCGUUUUCUUCCCAUCAUACUAUGUCAUGGAACAAUGUAUCAGUUGCUGGAAGGACAAUUCUCGUGGCAAUGUGGCCUCUCAAAGUACAAUAUGGGAAAGAAUAUGCAAAUUUAAACAACCUGUGAUUGAACCAAGGCAGUCUUCAUUAUUUGGUUCAUCGAUUGAGGUAAUACAAGUGGGUAAUGAUGUAGCAAUACCAGUUGCUACCGCGCUUGGAUAUGCAUUCGGCCUAGCAUGUCAAGGACUUGCUGAUGAUAAGCCAGUGACAACACUUCCCUUCAAGUUUCCUAAUUUUUAUCUCCUUUUGAAGGUACUUGAAAAUAAUGAAGGUGCAACAGAUCAAGAACGGAUGGCUUCAAAGUAGCUACCAUCAUUAUCGUCAUCUAUUUUGUUAGCGCGCUAGAUCUUAUUAGUUAGCUUAUUUUCAAGGUUACUUCACUUUGGAUAUUUUUAUUAAUUAGACUUAACUACGACAUACAAUUUGCAAUUAUGUUUAUAGAAAAUAUAUAUAUAUGGUUAGAAUUUUGGUAAAUAUGCAAUAUUUGUAGGGAUUUUAAUUAUCUUAGUAUAUAUUUGUAAUAUAUUGAUUAAAGUAAUUUUUUUUACCUUAGUAUAUAUAUAUAUAUCUUCAAGUUUCAAAGUUUGUUUUUA